AUGGCUGAAGAGCAAGGUGAUGGAUGUUCCUCCAUUGCAGUACCACUUUUGGAUGAUGAAAUAGUGUACCAAGUGAAUGGUUCAAAUGGGGUUGUGGUGGCAGAAACUGAGGAUCAAUACCACAUGGUUCAUGUGGGAGUUGGUAUAGUUUCAAUACCUUAUGCACUAGCAUCUGGAGGAUGGUUAAGCAUAUUGCUACUAUUUACAAUAGCCAUAGCAUGUUGUUAUACAGGCACAUUGGUAAAAAAAUGCAUGGACAUGGACCCUAAUAUCAAAACAUUUGCUGACAUAGGUCAACAUGCAUUUGGAUCCAAAGGGAGAUUAAUAGUUUCAAUCAUCAUGAAUGUUGAACUUUAUCUAGCUGUAACAGGUUUUCUUAUUUUAGAAGGAGACAAUCUAAACAAACUAGUACCAAAUUCAGAAAUCCACAUAGCAAAUAUAACAAUUGGUGGAACAACAAUGUUUACUAUGGUCGCUGGUCUUGUUAUUUUGCCUACUGUUUUGUUAGAGGAUUUGAGUUUGUUGUCUUAUGUAUCUGCUGGUGGUGCUCUAGCUGCUUUAAUAUUUAUCUUUUCAUUGUUGUGGAAUGGUGCAAUUGAUGGAAUAGGGUUUCAUGGAAAAGGAAGGGUUUUUGUUAAUUGGAGUGGAAUACCUUCUGCUGUUAGUUUAUAUGCUUUUUGUUAUGGUGCUCAUCCAAUUUUGCCUACACUCUACAAUUCUAUGAGGAAUAAAAGUCAUUUCUCCACUGUCCUAUCUGUAAGCUUUUUAGCAUGCACUUUUGGCUAUGCAGCAGCAGCAAUUCUAGGGUACUUAAUGUUUGGAGAACAAGUUGAAUCACAAGUAACAUUGAACCUCCAAGCAGAAAAAUGGAGUUCAAAAGUGGCAAUAUACACUACUUUGGUUAAUCCAAUAGCAAAAUAUGCAUUAUUGCUUACUCCAGUCAUAAAUGCCAUAAAAAUAAAGGUUUCAUGCAACUACUACAACAAAAGGUUCACACAUAUGAUUAUUAGUACGUCUUUGUUAAUAAUUUCUCUUAUUAUAGCAGUGGCUAUUCCUUUAUUUGCAUACCUUAUGUCACUUGUUGGAGCAUUAUUAUGCAUCUCAGCUUCAAUUUUAGUGCCAUCAAUUUGUUACUUGAAGAUUUCAGGUGCAUACAAGAGAUUUGGGUAUGAAAUGGUUAUUAAUUAUUCAAUCAUUGUAGUGGGGGUUGCUAUUGCUAUUUUUGGUACCUAUAGAUCUCUGGUAGAUAUAAUUCAAAACUUGUAAGUUACA